CGAGCUCGAGCCUGCACAUCAAGAUCCGGAACAGCUUCUAUGAAUCACUCUGAACGCGUCCCAUCGCUCCUGGCCCUUUGUUUUGCUCUGUCUUUGUGUCACGCUCUCUGCAGGGCUUAUCAGGGCGUCACAUGGACCUAUUGUGCGCUUAGGCAACUCUCCUCAACGGACGCAUACGGACGCAAAUGAAACGCAUAAACUCUAGAAUGCUACUAAUAAUCUCCGGUGCUUAAGUAUUUCAUACUCUAACCCUCGAAUGACCAUAUCUGUUGGCAGUGCCUAUCCUAAGCUCGGCGACAUAGAUACGGGUGCUACCCAAGUGCCACCAUUGCUACUCCCCCUUUGCUCGUUGACAGCUACAGGGCGAUGCGUGGCGCGUGAUCUUUUCCGUUCCGCCGGAGGUGGAGCGACAUGAAUCAUCGACCGUCGAUCCACGGCCGAGCCCCUGAGCAGUUAUAGAUUCCAGAAUUGACUUUCCUCCUGGCAGACCAGCGUUUCUUCCUCCCGUCCUGCCCUGCCAUUCCUUGCACGUCUGCAUCUCUGUUAUUACUCGGAACUUCCCAACCUUUGGGUUAUCUAGAUCUCGCGCCUUUCGGUUUGGAUUGCUACCCGCUCCUCCAGUAACGAUCUGAACAUACCCCGGCUUUGGAGGAAAAGCUUAGGAGUUGCGCUCAGAAAUCGCAGCAAGAUCACGCGGAAGCAUAUCUGACGACGCGUCGCAUCAUACGGAAUACCCCUAGCCUCCCAUCGCCACUCGUCUCGCUAUACUUAACCCUCAUCCGCCUGCAUCCCUAUACAUACCCUGUCCAUCAGCAUGAACGCUGUCUUGUUCUCGAUACCAGUUGUCUCCGCUCCCUUCCCCACCGAAUGCGUCAGCGUUGCCUACGUCCCAUCAGAGACAAGGUCGCUCUUUUCCCAGCCAAGCACCUUAUUCAACGAAAAACAUAGCACCGUCAUUCGCAGGAGGAAACAGCAGAAUUCUCUCAGACACACAAUCUCGCAACCGGAGCUUGUCUCAAAUAUAGUCACCCUUACAUCUUGGGUCCAGCGACAUAUCAUGACUACCGCGAGCAACCCCGAUGACAAGGAGUCAUGUCGGGAGGACGGCUCGCAGAGCUGUGAUGGGAGCGAGAGACCGCCACUGCGCUUGCAGACUUGUCUCUCACCAGGGAAGAGAGACGAUGAGGAGAAGGAGAGCGGACACUCUCCCUCGGAGUCGUCUAAUCCACCGAGCUCACCACACAAGCUUCGCAAGAAGAAGAGCUCUUUCGACCUGCGGGAUGUUUAUGUCCAGUCCGACCCCGAGCUUGCGAGAAUUAGGGCCCUUGCACAAGCGCAAAAUCAGGGGUCAAGGAAGUAACAGCGUUAAUGCCUAUUUCUUUUUACUUCGAGAAUCGGGAAGCUCGUUGGUGUCCUUUUUUGUGGACUACUAGUCCGUAUCUUCACGCAAGGCUAGAUUGUACAGGCCAUUUCACGUCAUCAUGCCCCUCACGAUAUACGACAUUUCACGUCUAUGAUUGACAUCAUGCUGCCGUCACGCGUCUUGGGUUUGCUAUUUGGGGGACGAUCAUUAUGGAUAGUAUGUUUUGUGUAUCAAUACCUCGCUAGACCGUCCAUCUGCACUUCUAUGAACACACCCCU